UUCAAGUAGUUCAAUUAUUUUAAGUGUGUAAAUUGUAAAUAUUAUUUAUUUUCUCAUAGGUAUGUUUCAUUUAAAUAUUUAAACACACAUUUAUGUGAUCUAAAUCUUUUCUUCAUGAGACUUAUUAAAAUUUUGUGUGUAAAGUUGUGUAUUUCUUGUUUAAAAAUAUGACUUCAAAGUGAAUAAUAUGUGCUCCAGAACACUAUUUUUAUGUCGACACUACAGCAGCCAAGCAAAAUCUGUUGCUUAUUACACUACUCCAAUUUAUUAUGUAAAUGCUAAUCCCCAUAUCGGGCACCUUUAUAGUUCGUUAAUUGCGGAUGCCUCCCAGAGAUGGCACAAUGUUGCUAAUAAAGGCUGCAUUAUUAAAUUUUCAACUGGAACUGAUGAACACGGUUCUAAAAUCCAACAAGCGGCUGAGACAAACAAUUCAUCACCCCCUGAUUAUUGCAGUAAUAUUUCCAAACGAUAUAAAGCUCUAGCUGAACGCUUUAACAUAGCAUGUACGGAUUUUAUUAGAACAACAGAAGAAACUCACAAGAACACUGUUCAAAACUUCUGGAAUGUUUUGAACAAAAAUGGCCACAUAUAUUCUUCCACUUAUUCCGGAUGGUAUUGCGUUUCCGACGAAAGUUUUUUAACAGAUUCUCAGUUGAAAGAGACCGUAGGGGCCGAUGGGCGUAAGAUAAUGGUGUCUUCCGAAAGCGGCCAUCCAGUAGAAUGGACAGAAGAGCCCAAUUAUAUGUUUAAGCUCCAUUCCUUCAGAGAAGAACUCAUAUAUUGGCUUACCAGGGACGAGAAAAUCAUCCGUCCGAAAAAAUUUCAGAAGAUCUUAUUGGACCUGAUAUGCAACGGCGAUCUGCCGGACGUUUCAAUCUCUAGGCCAUCCUCUCGGGUGCACUGGGGCAUUCGAGUGCCCGGCGACGAUGCCCAAACCGUUUACGUCUGGUUGGACGCCCUCGUCAACUAUUUAACCGUGGCUGGUUACUCGCUGGACCCCUCGGAGUUUCAAAAAGUUUGGCCGCCAGAUGUGCAGGUUAUCGGGAAGGAUAUUUUGAAAUUCCACGGCGUCUACUGGCCGGCCUUCUUGAUGGCGGCUAAUCUGGAGCCCCCCAGGUCCAUCCUCUGCCAUUCUCACUGGACGGUGGACGGGGAGAAGAUGUCCAAGUCCAAGAACAACGUGGUGUGCCCGUUCGACCGUUCCGGCGUCUACACGAGCGACGGGUUGAGGUACUUCUUGCUGAGGGAGGGCGUCGCGCAUAGCGACGGAAAUUACAGCGACACGAAGGUGAUCCGCAUCCUGAAUUCAGAACUGGCCGACACCUUGGGCAACUUGCUGAGUCGCUGUUGCGGCGCCGCUCUUAAUCCUGACCAAACAGUCCCGAGGAUGGAGGUCGAGGCCCUCGAGUCCGUCGCCGCCUUGGAUGUGACCAAGAGAUUGAUCGAAAGCGUCGAGAAGUUGCCAGAUGUUUGUAGAGGGCACUACGAAGAUUUCAACUUCUACCGGGUGGCUGACUCGAUCAUCUCUACACUACACUCUGCCAACCUAUUUUUUGAAACUUUAAAGCCGUGGGAACUGAAAAAAAAUCCACAGACCUCGAAAGAGUUGGACGUAGUCCUUCAUCUCACCAUGGAAACGCUGAGAGUGGCCGCUAUUUUAUUGCAACCCAUCAUUCCGAAUAUUUCCGGCGAUUUGUUGGAUAAAAUAAACGUCGAGAAGCACCAGAGGCAUUUCGAGGACGUAAAAGAUUUUUCUUGGACGAAUAGAGAAUUUAAAGAGAGAAAGUUGGGGCUCGAAAAAAUUGUUUUAUUUAAAAGGAUUUUGUCGGACGGAGACAAGAGGGCCAAGGCUAACAAAUGAAUGUUUUCCUUUUCUUGAUGUAAGUGUUCUGAAAAAUAAAGUUUGAUUUUAUUUUC